AUGAUGGCCACCGGCUACCAGGAGGCCCCUGGGGAGGACGCGGGGGCUCUGCUGCGGGCGGCCAAGGAGGGCGGCCUGGGCGGCGAGGCGGGGGCUAAGGGCGAGCUGAGCCCGGCUCCGGGCAAGGGAGGAGGCGCCGCGGCCGAGACCAAGGGCGACCCUUCGCAGAAGCCGCCCUACUCGUACGUGGCGCUGAUCGCCAUGGCCAUCCGCGAGAGCGCCGAGAAGCGGCUGACGCUGUCCGGCAUCUACCAGUACAUCAUCGGCAAGUUCCCCUUCUACGAGAAGAACAAGAAGGGCUGGCAGAACAGCAUCCGCCACAACCUGAGCCUCAACGAGUGCUUCAUCAAGGUGCCGCGAGAGGGCGGCGGAGAGCGCAAAGGCAACUACUGGACCCUCGACCCGGCCUGCGAGGACAUGUUCGAGAAGGGCAACUACCGCCGCCGCCGCCGCAUGAAGCGCCCCUUCCGCCCGCCCGCCGCCGCCGCCGCAGCCCACUUCCAGCCCGGCAAGAGCCUCUUCGGCCCCGACGCCGCCGGCUACGGCUACCUCGCCGCCUCGCCCGCCAAGUACCUGCAGGCGCCCUUCCUCAACGCCGCCGCCUCCUGGUCCCUGGCCCAGGCCGCCGCCGCCCCGCCGCCCCCCCAGCCGCCCGCCUCCUACGCCGCCUGCCAGAUGGAGGGCGCCGGCCCGGGGGGAGCAGCGGGAGGAGGCGGCGGCCCGGCGGGAGGCGGCCCCGGCAGCCCCGGAAAGGGCGCCGGCCUCUCUCCCGGGCCGGCCUCGGCCUCGGCCGCCGCCUACGGGCCCUACUCGCGCCUGCCGGCCAUGGUGAACUCCUACAACGGCCUGGGGGGCCACCACCACCCGCACCACCACCACCCGCACGCCCACCACCACCCGCACGCCCACCACCAUCACCACCACCACCACCACGCCGCCCAGCAGCUCGGCGCCGCCGCCGUGGCCGCAGCAGCAGCCGCCGCCGCCGCCGCCUCCGCCGCCAGCCCCGCGCCCCAGGCCGCCCCCAACGGCCCCGCCGCCCACGCCGCCGGCCUCCAGUUCUCCUGCGCCCGCCAGCCGCCCCCCGAGCUGGCCAUGAUGCACUGCUCCUACUGGGACCACGACUCCAAGCACGCCGCCGCCGCCGCCGCCGCCCUCCACUCCCGCAUCGACAUCUGA